UGGCUUUUCACCACUGAAACAAAACGAAUAUGGUCUAGGGCAACCAACCAAAGGGCCUGGUUCCCGGAUAUCCCGGGAGUUGAGACGACAAGUAUUGACUAUGUCUGCCCUGCUCGGCCGCUCUCACUCAAGGCUGGCCAAUGAGAGCAUGGGCUUCUGGCUGAUGAAAGUCGUAGCGUCGAUGUCGUGAUCGUCCAGGAGGCUCCACGGUGAUGUGAAGCCAUAGUCGGCUCCGGUGUUGUCCAGUCAGUCCCGCUAUUGCGUGCUGGCCCCGAUUACAAUUUUCAUGCUGAUGUAAUCGUCAUCCUGAAAUAUGGUUCGUCCGCGCGCCUGGUCCUCGAGGAUCGUUGACGCCUUUGCAUCGCCAUACCGUCGCUUUGGGGUAAACAUAAUGGUUUGUCAGGGGUCUGGACUCAAGAGGCAAGUAGGUACCUGGCCCAGGGGAAACCCAAGGUAGCGGUACCUCACUCGAGUGCCGGGGGAACAUGGUCAAUGCUGCUAUUCAGACUUGGCCGGUCAGUGUAUGUUCCGAUUUCUAAGAAAUUCCUUUGCCUUGAGUGUAUUAGUAUUCAGCAGUUAUUCUGUUCCUCCUAAGUCUUCUUACCCAACAUCUUACCUACGUACUAUUAUCCUCUCGGGACCCGAUUACCAAUUGCCAUCCAUCUACUUUAUAACUGCUUGCCUGACCAUACUCUAUACCCAUUCCCCGACGGUAAAAGACCCGUCAACCGAAUUUGUCUCUUAUAUCCUCUGUCCCUGAAGCCGUUGCGGAAGCCCGACUAGCAAAGGAGUAAACAGUCCAAUAUUGUGCUGGAGGCUUUCCCAAUAACCCAUCGACAUAUCGACAUAUAAACAAAACCACUCAUGAUGACGCAACCAUCAUCCAGGGAGUCUUCUCCACGUAUGAAGCCCCUCCACGUCAAGUUCGAGGACGCCGCAGAGAUGGACUCGGGCUACUGCUCGGCCAGCUCGUCGACGGCAUCUCUCCCUCAGGUUUCCUUCACACCCUCUCACCUGCGCCAUAUCAACGACCAGCUCGAGAAGAUGCAAGCCAUGGACAUCCUCCGCUUCUGCCGCGUCCUCUUCCCAAACCUAUACCAGACGACGGCCUUUGGCCUGACGGGGCUCGUGACGCUUGACAUGCUAUCCAAGAUGGAGAAGGAGUCUUCCUUCCUGCCUUCGGUCGAACUCAUAUUCCUCGACACCCUGUACCACUUUGACGAGACGUACCAGCUCGUCGAGAGGGUCAAGGAGCGGUACAGCAACGUCAAGAUGCACGUGUACAAGCCGGCAGACUGCGGGACGGUGGCCGACUUCGAGACGAAGUACGGCGAGAAGCUGUAUGAGACUAGCGCCGAGUUCUACGACUGGGUGGCCAAGGUCGAGCCCCAGCAGCGCGCCUACUCGGACCUCAACGUCGGUGCCGUCCUCACCGGCCGCCGCAGGUCUCAGGGCGGCCAGCGCAACAAGAUCCCCAUCGUCGAGGUCGACAACGAGACAGGCAUCGUCAAGAUCAACCCCCUCGUCAACUGGUCGUUCCAGGACGUGCAAAAGUACAUCAAGGAGAACGACGUCCCGUACAACGUCCUGCUCGACAGGGGGUACAAGUCGGUCGGCGACUGGCACUCGACCAGCCCCGUGGCUGAGGGAGAGGACGAGAGGGCCGGAAGGUGGAAGGGUCAGAACAAGACCGAGUGCGGAAUCCAUAACAAGAAGUCGCGUUACGCCCAGUUUCUUGAGGAGGCCGACAGGAAGGCUGCGGAGGCUGCCAAGGCUGCCAAGGCUGCUACGGCGGCGGCCAUGCAAGACUCGCCGGUCGGCAGCGAGAUUGCAGAUGAUGCUCGCUGGCACGCUGCGAGGAGGCCAGGUGCUCGCCGGCGCCAACAUCAUCACCAGGACCAUGUCCCUUCUGCCGUCACCUCAUCCGCUUGAGCUGGCUCCUGCAUCAACUUGUUGACUGAGACAGCAUAGUUGUGCUUCACUUUGCAUUUUCGGAGUUUUAGCAGGGCAUUUGGUUUUUUCUGUUAUGGGAUUCGAAUGACCCUCAAGGCAUUUGAUAAUGGUUAUUCCCAAACAUAGUUGUUGUUUGGCUUCUCGUCUCGUCUCGUGGAAGGCGAUGGCGAAUUUAAAAAUUAUGAGCGGGAUAUGGAGUCCCUAGCAGGCGUUUAUCUCGUUCCAUUUUGUUUCUCCCUGUUCCCUAACCGAGACCCCUCAAUCUUUUUUCUUCUUUUUUUCCCCCUUCCUUCUCACCCAUGGUAGCGGAAAGCUGCCGAAUCAUCUACCAGCGGCGGCGUUGGGACGAAGUUAUCGAUUUAGUGACCAAAAUAGCGUUGCAAAAUUUGCCAUAGAUUGAUAUCACUGAAAAUCAUCAAUCGGAGUUGUGACAAUGCCUCAGCA